GCAGACCAGCAGUUAGUUUUUGGAGUAUUGGGCAGAGUCCGCGCGGGCGGGGACACCUCGUUCCUCACGGAAUCGUCGUCAACCUCUGGCUGAUUGAUGCUCGGUGCCUGCACCUCAAGUGGCCGGCCUAUCGUCGUCGAUUCGUCGCUCUCUCUUGUCGCUGCAAGUUUAGCUUUUUUUUUUCCGCUCACGUCACGGCUUCUCUUCCAAGCCAAGAUCGUCAUCGAUCAUCUUCAUUGGUGAAUCUACGGCACGGCGGCACGGCGGCACAAACUCGGUGGAGUCUGCGAGGGCACCGGCGGAGGCCAUCGAAACUGCCAGCCAUGGACGCGGCGGCGACGGGCGUGUCGUCGAGCGGCGGCGUUCCCCAGCUCCUCCUCCUCCCUGCGCUCGCCGUCACCCUGCUCCUCGCCGCGGCCGUCUGGUCGAGGCGUGGCCGCAACAACGGCGCGCCGAGCCCGCCGUCGCGCCCGCUGCUCGGCCACCUCCACCUGCUCGGCAAGCCGCUGCACCGCUCGCUGGCCGCGCUGGCCGCCGCGCACGGCGGCGGCGCCGGGGGCCAGCUGCAGCUGCAGCUGGCGCCGCUCCUGUCGCUGCGGCUGGGCGCGCGCCGCGCGCUGCUGGUGUCGUCGCACGAGGCCGCCGAGGAGGGCUUCACCGCGCACGACGCCGCGCUGGCGGGCCGGCCGCGGGUGCUGGCCGGCGACCGGCUCGGGUACGGGUACACGAUGCUGGUGUGGGCGUCCCACGGCGACCACUGGCGCGCGCUCCGCCGGCUCCUCGCCCUCGAGGUCUUCUCGGCGUCCCGCGUCGCCGCGCGCGCCGCCGACCGCAGCGCCGAGGUCGCCGCGCUCGUCGGCAGGCUGAGCAGCCUGCUCCACCUCCACGGCGGCGGCGGCGGCGCCAAGUUGACUCUCCGGCCCAGGCUCUUCGAGCUGGUGCUCGGCGUCAUGCUGCGCGCGCUCACGGGUGACCGCGCCCACGGCGGCGACGUGCGCACGUUCCAGGAGAUCGUGGAGGAGACGUUCGCGGUCAGCGGCGCGCCCAGCGUCGGGGACUUCUUCCCGGCGCUGCGGUGGGUGGACCGCCUGCGCGGCGUCGAUGCGGCGCUUGUGCGUCUUCAGGCGAGACGCGACGCGUUCGUCGGCGGCCUCGUCCAGGACCAACGGCGACGGCGCGACGCCGGUAGUGGCCGAGACACGCCGGAGAAGAAAAGCAUCAUUGACGAGCUCCUGUCGCUGCAAGAAGCUGACCCCGAGUACUACACGGACACGAUCAUCAAAGGCCUCGUCUUGAUGCUACUCACUGCCGGCACCGACACGUCGGCGCUGACCAUUGAGUGGGCAAUGGCGCAGCUGCUGACAAACCCAGAAGCAAUGAGAAAGGUGAGUGCUGAGAUAGAUACCAACGUUGGCACAGCACGGCUCGUGGAGGAGUCGGACAUCACCAACCUCCCAUACCUGCAAUGCGUGGUCAAGGAGACCCUGCGGCUGCGCCCCGUCGGCCCGGUCAUCCCUGCGCAUGAGGCCAUGGAGGACUGCACCAUCGGCGGCUUCCACGUCCGGCGUGGCACCAUGGUUCUCGUGAACGCCUGGGCGAUCCACCGGGAUCCCAAGCUUUGGGACGCGCCGGAGGAGUUCAGGCCAGAGAGGUUCUUGGACGCCGGCAUGGUGACCGCGGUCACCACGCCCAUGCUGCCAUUUGGGCUUGGACGGAGGCGCUGCCCUGGGGAAGGGUUGGCAUUGCGUCUGAUCAGCUUGACGCUGGCGGUGCUCGUGCAAUGCUUCGAGUGGGAUGUUGGUGAAGGCGGUGUCGUCGACAUGACCGAAGGCGUUGGGCUGACAAUGCCCAUGGCCGUGCCAUUGGCAGCUGUCUGCCGGCCUCGGCAGUUUGUCAAGAGCAUGCUCUCUACUUCAACAUGAUUGAGUUAAACACUGGUUUCUUAUAAAGGAAAAAGAACAAUUUUUUAUGACGCUGGUGUUUGAUUGUUCAGUAUUCUGUAUGUAAUCAGUAUGCUAUCAGUAAUUUUUAUGGCUUUAUAUGGAUACA